UUCGGACUGCGGGGCCCUGUUUGAAAUCCGUUAACGGCGGCGGCAGAGGCGCCGCGCGGAGUGGCGGCGGCGCUGCUGCUGAGGCGAGAAGAUCAGAUCUUCCUUUCCUGCCUCAGCAGCUCUGCAAAGCAGGUGAAAGCCGAUCCUGCAGAACGGGGGUGAGGGUUCCCCGGCUGGCUCGCUGCAGACACCCGUGUCGACACAGGAGGGCUGUACCAGUGCAGACAGAGGACUCUUGGGGACACUGUGACUGUGAAGAUGUCUAAGCCAGAGUCCCGUUAUUCUUUUGAUGUCCCAAACAUCUGCAUCGAUUUUGCAACUCUGAAUGAGGAUGAUGUGCACAAUGCAGACUCCUGGUUUGAUGAAAAAGCCAAUCUGGAGAAUGUCCCUCCUGGAGAAAAUCUGGCAAAGGUCUUACACUUCAGCCCUGCUUCUUCAAAGCCUGAUGUUAUUCUGUCUUCUGUCCCAUCACAAGAAGUAGCAAUGAGUGAAAGCGAUGGUGAAGCAGAAUGUGCCCAGGGCAACACGGUCCCUCAGAACAUUGUUGGGUCCCUGGCAACCUGGAGAGCUGCUGCCCCUGCAGAGGCCCCUCAGAGACCGGGCAGGAGACUGGCUACAAAGCAGGGGAAGACCCAGCAGCGCAAGCAGGCAGGCAGAAUCAAAGCAAAGGAAACUGCUAAUGCCCUGGAUAAUAAGGAAGAUGUUCCACCCUUGAAGAAAAUGAGGCUCCUUAGAGUACCAGAGAAAGCUGGAUGGUCUAUACCUGGGCCUAGGGUGAGUUCUGGUAACAGAGAGAAGGCAACAGAAGCAUCCACAAAGAAAGAGCCCCUGCAGGAUCCUGACCUCUCCCCAGGGAAAGGGAAAAGCAAACAGACCAUGCCCUGCACGCCAACAAUGUUGAAGAGGACCAAACCUCCUAGCAAGCUGAAGAGUACAGAGGAGCAGGAGGUGGAAAAGAUGCAGCAGUUACAGCAGGAGGUUAUGGAGCUGCGGAAGAAGAACGAGGAGUCUCUGAAAGCAGCUAUUGCUGGAGCAGGACAACCCAUGAAGAAACCUGUUGGUCAAGUAACAAAGCCAAUUGAUUUCCACUUCUGCACAGAGACUAGAAUUAAACAGAAUGUAGAAAGCCAGCCUGCCAACGAGUACAAAGAGCUGGAUUUUGCAGCAGUCUUGAGGAAGCACCCCCCUUCUCCGGUGCGAAUGCCAAAGGGACACACUGUCCCAAAACCUUUCAAUCUGUCCCAGGGAAACAAAAGAAAACUUGAAGAAGCCACAACAGAAUAUGUGUCCUUUGCUGAGCAGGUAGAAGCAUUCCAAAAACGCACACCCCCUCGUUACCAUUUGAGGAGCAGGAAAUCUGAGGAGGGCUCAGUUUCAAGAAAGCCAGUGAAGGCUCGGCUCACACACCCCAAAACACCAGUGCUGCGAACAAAGCAGCGCUUGAGACCUGUCACCUGCAAAACUGCUGCAGAGUUAGAAGAAGAGGAAGUAGAGAAAAUUCAACAGUACAAAUUCAAAGCACGAGAAGUCAAUCACAAAAUCUUUGAGAGUGGGCCACUCCUGCCCAGUAAACCCCCUGUGAAGAAGCUCACCCAACCCAUUGGCUUUCAAUUAGAAAUAGAAAAAAGGAUUCAGGAGCGUGAGAGCAAGAAGCAGCAGGAGGAAGAGCGCUUUGAAUUCCAUUCCAGGCCAUGUCCCACAAAAAUCCUGGAGGAUGUUGUGGGUGUUCCAGAGAAGAAAGCACUUCCUGUUACAGUCCCCAAGUCUCCAGCCUUUACCUUGAGAAGCAGGACCCGUGUGUCUGGCAGAGAGGAAGAAAAGGAAAAAGAGGAGGUGGCUGUGAUCAAAGCUAAUCCUAUGCCACAUUAUGGAGUGCCCUUCAAACCCAAAAUGCCAGAGCAGAGGCAUGUGGAAGUUUGCCCCUUCUCUUUCGAUGCACGGGACAGAGAGCGGCAAAUACAAAAAGAGAAAAAAAUAGAAGAACUACAGAAGGAAGAGGUGCCAAAGUUCAAAGCGCUGCCUCUGCCUUACUUUGACCAAGUUAAACUGCCAGAAAAGAAAGUCAAAACCCCAACUCAGCCUGAGCCAUUCCAUCUGCAGGUGGAUGAACGGGGAGCUGCCAAGCUCCAGAGCUGGAAACAGCAGCUUAAAGAAGACAUGAAAAGGCAGAAAGAGGCAGCAUGUUUUAAAGCUCGUCCCAACACAGUGAUGUACCAGGAGCCCUUUGUGCCCAAAAAGGAACAUAAGAUGCUGUCAGAGAGCCUUUCUGGUUCUGUAGUUCCUGAAAGCUUUGAGCUAGCAACAGAAAGAAGAGCAAAAGAACGGCAAGAAUUUGAAAAGCGAUUGGCAGACGCAGAAGCCUUAAGGGAGAGGCAUGAGGAGCAGAUCAGGCAGCAGCAAGAGGAGCGUGAAAAGGAAGAAGUUGCUAAGCUAAGACAAGAAAUGGUUCACAAGGCAAACCCAAUACGCAAAUACCGCAGCCUAGAAGUGAAGCCCAGUCAUCAACCACUGACUAUGCCAAAGUCUCCCAACUUCUCAGACAGAUUCCGAUGCUGAUGAGCAUCCAUGUGACAGCUGGUGGGAGAUCCCAUCCCUCUCCCUUGGUAGGAGAGAGGGAGCAAUUGUUUUUCCAUGACUGCUCAGUCUGAACUCCUGUGCUUGGUUUUGUUGUUAUACUGAGUAGUAAAACUCGACCUGAGCCCAUGGCAUUUCAGCAGUGCCUCCUGGCCUUGCUGUUUAUCCAGACCCCAUCUUCUCCAGAGACUAAACCAAGUUUUGAUAUUGCAUACAGAUAUUGUGUACCUAACUAAAUAAAAAUUCCUAAUCUGUUUGCUGUCUCUGGCUAGUGGGCUGAAGCCCUUUCCUGCAGAAGAGUUUUUGAUAAAGACUGGCCACACAGAUGUGUGCAUCUGGCAGAACUGUCUUAUAUUUUUACACUAAGUGCUAUUUUCAAGUGUCUGUUUUAUAGUCUUUUAGUCUACAUUUAGCUUGAAUUCUGUUAAGUGAGGUCCCUUUAAGCCAGUGUAGUGUGGGUCUGGCCUUCCUUGUUGAUGUUUAGAUGACCACAAAUAUGAAUCUUGCCCACGCUUAAAAGUAGUUCUUUGUGUAUAUUAGAGGAUUAAACCAUCUUGCUGUUUUAUAGCUGAAGUCCUUCUGUUUGGGGAACAAUUUAUCUGGCAAGUGACUUGCUGUGAGCUGCUGCCAUAGCUUCUGCCAGUGCAGGUCUCUUGGCUACAGAGCCAUCAGCAUCUCUGGCUAGUUUGGGCAGCAAGCAGAGCUAAAUAUAGCCCAAGGGCUCAAAUGUGCUGGAGGACAAAACUGCUGGCCUUGUGAAGAGUGGACACAUCUAGAUUAAAGUUUUAAUAAUUAUUUCUUACUUAGUAUUGUGCUCUAAUUUCUUACCUUUAUAUUUUGCUGAAACACCCGUGAGCAGGGCUGCUUGCUGCGGUUGUGCUGCUUAGUAGAGAGGGGGAAAUGGAAAUUUAUAAUUAAUUUGUCCUAACUGGCUAAACUUUCUUGUUUGCUGGUUAUGGAAAACAUUUGCUUUCAUUUCUUCUGAAUUGUGAUACCGUUAAAGAAGUUAUUCCCAGAGUGUGUAGCUUUUUGUUUAGAAUUUUGGGUGAAAAGGAGAGUUCAAACUAGAAUCUAACACCUGGUUCAAACUAGGUGUUUGAUUCCACCUAAGGAGGUGCUUAGAGAUGCUGUCUCAUUCUUGCCAAACUACAUCAAGCAAUCACUAUUUUACUCCUAGACUGAGAGAGGUAACAGUGAAAGAAAGUCCUUAGAGAUGUAAAUUCCAAGAUGAACAUUUAUUGGACCCGAGGGAUGAUUCUGCAGGAAUUCUCCUAAAACUUGUGAUGCUCAAGAGAGAUGUCAUUGCAGAACAGCUGGGGUCUCUAUGGGAGUGUUUCCUAGAGCACCAGCCUCAAACUGCAGUGCUGGGAUUAAAAGAGGAAAAGCCACCCACGCUGAAAUACAAGGAUUCUUCAAAAAAAAAAAAAUUAAAGGUUUUAUGCAGUUAGUAACUGAAGAACUGGAGAAUGAGAGGCUUGGGGAAGUGUGUUGGCACUCAAGGAUGAAUGACCCACACUGUGGCACUGUGGGCUCUUGGAAAUGGUGAGCUCAAACAUGGUUCCAUUUUGCUCAAGUUUCAGCUUUUCAUUCCCUUCUUGUGAGGAUCUUUGUGUAGCUGUGGCAGAGGCUGGCCCAAAAGCUUGAUCUAAUCACCCAGUCUGCCUUCAGCCACAUUUUUCUGAUUUUGCCAAUAGCCCCGUGUCACUGUGCUGAGAGUUACAGACAGCCAGAAAAAACUGCUGUCACUGCUUCUGUGACAAUUUGCAGGAGUGGCUGGAGCACAAGGGACGUGUCAACAUACUCUUCUUGAAAAUGAAAAUCCGUGUGGAUCUGACCUGUCUGUCUUAACCCCAUUUCUGUCAUGGUGGGGCUGUUCCCUGUGCUCUGCUACUGAAUGGGGACAUCACAAAAGCUCAGAUGUGCUGUCAGGGAGCCCUUGUUUUUUCCUCGAGUACCAGCUCUGGAGAAGGCAGCGUGUGGGCAGCAGAAGCAGCAAAUAUUUAUGAUGAGUCAGGGGGAAGCUGGAAUGAUGAUGAGCUGCUGAAGAAUGUGAAAGCAAGCAGGAGCAUGAGGCUGUGGAACUGGAGCAGCCACUGAUCCCUGAAGGAUGAAGUAGCUGGAUUUUCCUGAUGGCCCUACAUGGCCUCUUCUGCCUUGAGGAAGGGGUUGUGUGCCUGACAGCUUGGCAGUAUUUUCCCUCUAAUGGUAUCAUUUGGGUCUAAUAAAAGACAUUACGUCUUCCCCC